GUCACCCCCACUGCCAAAGGAAAAUAUCUAGAAGGAGAAAGGGGCCUCCGACCACCGGUUCGUCCUGUCGAAUUCGCGCCUCCUUCGAUCUCUAAAAGAGUUGUCUGCUGUUUAACAUCGACUCAACAAGGACUAUCCCGGUCGAGACUCCACUGUCCGAAAGCAGGAUGCAGCACCAAGAAUAUGAAGAUGAAGAAGAGGAGGAAGAAGAAAUCGAUCUGGAAUCUAUCGAAGAUGAACAGACACUUAUAGAGAUGCUCGAUGAAACUGAAGACAUUGAUGAAAGAAAAAAGAUCAGGGAUAGGCUAAGACAAGUGCAAUACGUGUUAAAAGCCCAAAAAGAGGAGCAGCGGAAGAAACGGGAGAACGAGCGAGAGCAACGAAUCCGGGAUAGGCAAAGGGAAGCAGAGCUCAAGAAGCAGCAGACUCUCCAGAUGUACAGCGAGAUGGCGAAACAAGGAGGCCCGGCCAGAAGAAUAUCAGACAACCCUGGUGAAAAGAAGAAGGAUCUGGUGGAGGAUGCCAUUCGGGACCGCCUUAAAGCUUGCGAAGAUAGAAAGAAGAGAAUUUUGGCCGCAUAUGAUCACGCCGCCAAAAGUCAACCAGCAGGAGGCGCGCGGGUCGUUGAAUUUGACUCCUUCAGGAGUGCUGACGUGUCAAAGCUUGAGCCAAAAAAACCAGUACAGAGUAGCUGUACAUUUGGUAUGUCAGGUGGCAUACCAAAAGUAGAAAAAGCACCUGUUGUGUCUGUUCCCAAAACUCGUGUUCCGGAAGACGAUUCACAUCUAGACCCCAUGGAACGUGCAAUCCGAGCCCGCGUUCGCGAGGCAGAAGAGAGGAAAAGACGCACGCUAGCCGCGUAUGAUAUGGCUGCCAGGACUGGAGGAGCUGGACCUAAGACGGUCAUUCUAGAAGAAUUUAGAAAUGUUGAAAUAAACGACAAGCCGAAGCCAAAAUAUGACCCCUGCUUCCGAGGACUGAAGACAUAGAUUAUCUUCCUCAAGAGAAGCUUAAAUAUAUGGUCUGUCAAUCUUUAACCAAAUACUCCUUUCAUCCCUAUGUACACAACAAGCAUCGUACACGUCGAGAGAAAGAAAAAUAAAUUAGAUAUAUGGCAUAACAUUAAUAUUGAAUCAAAAUGAAACACGACUCUGUGUUAUGAUAAUGAAGAUUGAAAAUCAUGUACAAACUAUAUUAGUUAUGUUAGUCGAUGGCAUAUUUUUUAUUAAAUUUGUAGGCCUAUUUUCUUGAAAUAAAACGAAUAAUUUUUCAA